UUAUCCACAGCUAAAGAUCCCAAGAAGAUCAAGAGAGAAAGAAUAUCAGUUCAUGGAUUUUAUAGAAUAGGAAAAGUUAUAGGAGAUGGAAACUUUGCUGUUGUUAGGGAGUGUAAAAAUAGGAAAACUAAUAGAGAGUAUGCCCUUAAGAUUAUUAGCAAAGCUAAAGUGAAGGGAAAGGAACAUAUGGUCGAAAAUGAAAUUAGUAUAUUAAGAAGAGUAAAACACAGAAAUAUUGUAGAGCUAAUGGAAGAAUACGAAACUCCCAAAGAAAUAUUCCUGGUUAUGGAGUUAGUUAAGGGAGGAGAUCUUUUUGAGGCCAUCGUUAGAGCUACUAAAUACACAGAGAAAGAUGCGAGCCACAUGGUCCGAGACUUGGCAUCUGCACUACACUAUCUACAUUCUAUGAAUAUUGUACACAGAGAUAUUAAGCCAGAAAAUUUAUUAGUAAGUAACAUGCCUUCUACUUAAUUGCAAAUAGUCCAUGAAUUGUU